AUGGCCUUCAACCCGCGUCUGCGUCUCCUUAAUGCUCUUCGGACUCGAUCAAAACCGAUCAUGACUUUCAUGGGCCUUCCUUCCUUUCGUUUAGCGCAGAUAGUGGCGCAGACAGGAUUGGAUGGCGUCAUCAUCGAUUGUGAACAUGGACAAAUCAGCGACGAUGCGAUGCAUAAUGCAACAGCUGCGAUCGCGGCAUUGGAUGUCUCGCCGCUCGUUAGGCUUCGCAUGACACACCCGGACUUGAUCAAACGUGCUUUGGAUGCAGGAGCGCAUGGCAUUGUCGUUCCGCAGAUCAACACCGCGGAAGAAGCAAGAGCAGUUGUCCAAUAUGCGAAAUUCCCUCCAGAUGGACUUCGAGGUCAAGGCUCUCCAUUCGCGGCAAUCGCCCACAAUAUCGACAUCGCUACUUAUGUCAAAACCGCGAACGAAAGCUUGAUCACGUGCGUCCAGAUCGAGACGAAGGCAGGUUUGCAAAAUGUCGAUGCGAUUUGUGCGGUACCUGGCGUAGACAUGAUUUUCAUCGGGCCCAACGACCUUGCCCUUGCCCUUCUCGGCUAUGUCCCUGCAAAGGGCGAUGAGCCCCCCUUCGUCGAGGCAAUUGACAAGAUCGUCGCUGCCGCGAAGAAACACGAGAAAUGGGUCGCUCGGCUUUCGAAUGACGGCACUGCGUGUAGAGAGCACCUCAAAGUGUUUGAUGCCGUAGCAAUGAGCUACGAUGUUCGCGCUAUUCAAAAUUGGUAUUCCGCUGAGCUCCAAAUCGCCCGUUCAUAG